CGCAUUGGCAGAAGCUCCAACCAGACGUAUUUUGAAUUUCGUGGCGAAUGCAGAUCGGCUCGUAAAAGAGAAUGAUUUUGGUAACAUUAGCUUUGGGCCUUAUUUUGGCCGGUCUGCUCUAUUUGACCAUGACCUGGAACUUCAACUACUGGCGAAAACGAAAAGUGCCGGGACCCAAACCCAAACUCUUCACCGGCAAUUAUCCCAAUCUAUUUAAAAUGGAACGCAAUAUGAUCUACGACUUGAACGACAUCUACGAAAAGUACAAAAACAAGUUCGAUGCGGUGGGCAUCUUCAGCGGACGGGUUCCCCAACUUCUGGUGACUAGUCCAGACCUGGCGCAUCGCGUUUUAGUUUCGAACUUCAAAAACUUCCAUGACAACGAGUUAUCCAAAUUUGCGGACGAAAAAACCAACUUCAUCCUGUCCAAUAAUCCAUUCUUUAUAGCCGGCGAAAAGUGGAAGCAACGGCGGGCUGAUAUCACUCCAGGUCUGACCAAUGGUCGGAUAAAAACGGUCUAUCCAGUGACGAACAAGGUGUGCCAGAAAAUGACCGAGUGGGUGAAAAGGCAAAUUCGCUUGGGUGCAGUCGAUGGGAUUAAUGCCAAGGAUUUGAGUCUGUGUUUCACCUCCGAAAUGGUCACAGAUUGCGUGCUGGGCUUGAGUGCCGAUAGUUUUACGGACAAACCUACUCCCAUUUUGGCCAACAUAAAGGAUCUGUUCAAUCCUCCCUGGACCUUCUCGAUGCUCUUCGCCCUGGUCAGCACCUUUCCCUCUCUAAGUAAUUUGGUCAAACUGCGUUUUAUACCGCAACAUGUGGAGCGUUUUUUCAUCGACCUAAUGGGCACAGCAGUUCAGACUCGAAAAUCCCAACUGGCAACUGGACAAUUCCAGCGCAGCGACUUUCUGGAUUACCUAAUGCAACUGGGAGAGAAGAGGAACCUGGACAUUCCGCACCUGUUGGGAAACACCAUGAUCUUCCUUUUGGAUGGUUUCGAGACAAUUGCUGGUGUUCUUUCGCACAUGCUGUUGCUUUUGGGCCGUGAUGAAGUGGUGCAGCAGCGAUUACGGGAGGAGAUCCAGGCACAUCUACAAGAUGGAAUCAUACCUUACGAUAAACUCAACGAGUUACCUUAUCUGGAUGCCUGCAUGCAUGAAUCAAUCCGAUUAUUCCCACCCGGUUUUAUGACCUCCAAACUUUGCACCGAAUCCGUGGAGCUUCCCAACAGAGAUGGCCCCAAUUUCACCGUGGAAAAGGGCACCGUGGUUGUUAUACCUCACUACUGCUACAUGAACGACGAGGAAAACUUCCCGAAUCCGUUGGAGUAUAACCCUGAACGCUUCAUGGAUCCCGAUGUAUCCAAAAACUUACGCGAGCGUGGUGUCUACAUGGGAUUUGGAGAUGGUCCACGUGUUUGCCUAGGUAUGCGCUUUGCAACAUCACAAGUUAAGGCUUCUAUUGUGGAGCUGAUUACCAAAUUCAACAUCAAAGUCAAUCCAAAGACCCGCAAGGACAACUUGUAUAACCCAACCUUGUUCGUACCUAAUCUAAAUGGUGGUAUUUGGUUGGAUAUGGAGGUUCGUCAAUAAGUACGUUAACUAUUAUUGAUAAAUAAGUGCUAAUAAACACUUCACUAUCAAAUGUGUUUAGCACGCAUUUUGCAUUUAAUGCGAUUGCUAUGAUAAAACCAAAUAAAAUAGGAACAAAAGAAAUUGACCAAAGAAUAAAUUUAAUUAUUUAAAAAAA